AGAAAUCAACUAAUAACCACCGAGCCUUAAUUUUAAGCCAUUCUACCUCCUUUCCCUCUCUUUCUUCUCCAAUCUUUUGGCAUUUUUCUCUCGGUGUUUUUCUUUCUGUUUGUUUACUGAGCAUUGAUUCAGGGAACCUCCCAAGAUCCCACAAAAUCUCAUGCCUCUGACCAGUGGGAAAAUCACAGACCUCUGAGAUCUGAGGGAACCCACAUAGAUCUUAGGUUGUUUCUUCAAUUUCUCGUUGUGGGUCUUGUUCGAUUCAUUAUGAGUUGGAAGUAUAGGGCUGGUUUGUUCUUGAUUGCAGCUGUUGUCGUUAUAUGGGUCACCUCCGCAGAAGUCACCCAGGGUAUAUUUAUUGACUAUAAGCAGCCAUUCGCGGUGACAUAUCUUGGAGCUUCUCUUAUGGUAGUUUAUCUCCCAAUAGCAUUCAUUAAGGAUUGGUUAUGUAAUUCCCUAAAACGUCGGUCUUCUAAAAGUGGUAAAAAUGCAGAAACCUUGAAUGAGUCUUCUGCUGGACUUAAUUCUCCUCUAAAACACAUUGGAGGGCAGAAAACUUUUGAAUUGGAACAUCUGGGGACUUUACCUAGAAAAGACAGCGAAACUGAUUAUUCUGCUUAUGAAGAGGGAAGGCCAUUAGUUUCUAAACGCAGAGAUGACACGGACCUGCUGAAACAAGAGAAAGCUCUUACAACCCGGCAAAUUGCUAUUUAUGGAUUUUAUAUUGCCCCUAUCUGGUUUAUAACCGAGUAUUUUUCAAAUGCUGCACUUGCACGUACAAGUGUUGCUAGUACAACCGUCCUAUCUUCAACUUCAGGACUCUUCACUCUUUUCAUUGGUGCACUUUUGGGCCAAGAUUCUUUAAACGUAGCAAAAGUAGUUGCUGUCUUUGUUAGCAUGGCUGGUGUUGCUAUGACAACUAUGGGGAAAACUUGGGCCACAGAUGAGUCAAAACUAAGUGCUUCUCUAAAUGGGAAACGCUCUCUUGUUGGAGAUCUUUUUGGCCUUCUCUCAGCCAUGUCAUAUGGACUAUUUACUGUGCUUCUUAAAAAGUUUGCUGGUGAGGAAGGAGAAAGGGUGGAUGUGCAAAAGUUGUUUGGAUAUAUUGGAUUAUUUACACUGGUAGCACUGUGGUGGCUUGUGUGGCCUUUGACAGCCUUAGGGAUUGAACCCAAGUUUACAAUUCCUCACUCGGCUAAAAUGGAUGAAGUUGUUAUUGCCAAUGGCUUUGUUGGGAGUGUCCUCUCUGAUUACUUUUGGGCAUUGUGUGUUGUUUGGACAACUCCACUGGUUGCCACCUUGGGCAUGUCUCUCACUAUCCCACUUGCUAUGGUAGCUGACAUGAUGAUCCAUGGUCGGCACUAUUCAGCUAUUUACAUUCUUGGCUCAGCUCAGGUAUUUGCAGGAUUUGUAAUCGCUAAUCUAUCAGAUUGGUUUUCAAAAAAGUUGGGAUUGUAGCAUUUCAUUUGAUCAUUGUUGCUGAAUAUAGCAAUUAUGAUUCUUUGUUUGGGGCCAUUUGUCUCUCUGCAAUGUUAUUAGAAGCUGACGGUUUGAUUGAAUGUGUACAAGGUGCUGCUCUACUUAAAGUUUGGGUAGGUGGUGUUGGCUUCUAUAAAGAAGAGAAAAAGAAAAAGAAGGAUGGAAUUGUGCUGGAAUUGAUUGUGUAAAUAGGAUGCCAUGGUGAGGUCUGUUUUCCCACUAUGCUCCUGUUUUCUGAGUAUUGACCCCUGAAUAUAAUAAAAGGUUUUUUUUUUUU